GCAUAAUAUUGUCGUUGUUUUUUUUUAAUUCAAAUUGACAAUGUCUUUAUCGAAAUGUUCAUUCAAUUUUGUUAGAAAAAGGAUUUUGGCGUCGCCUCUUUCAGUGUAUACAAAUAGUUCGCGAAAAUCGGGUAGUUCUAGUUUACAAGCAAACACAAAAAAACCCGACUGGAACAGGGCCGUCAGCGAAGCGGAAAAAAUCGUGGGUUACCCCACGAGUUUUUUAAGUUUGCGGUGGUUGUUGAGUGACGAAAUUGCUAAUGUAGCUUUACAGUUAAGAAAAUUGGUGGGAUCGAAUCAUCCAUUGUUAAAAACUGCAAAAGGGUUACUGUAUAAUGGCAAAAACAACAUGCAAGCGUGGGGUCUGAUAGUUCUGUUAGUUUCAAAGGCAGCGGGACAUUCACCGGAUAUUCCAGAAAUGGAAGAAGAUAAAUCAGCUGGAGUAUUGCACAGUCAACGAGCCUUAGCUGAAGUUACAGAGAUGAUCAGGACGAGCCACUUAGUACAUAAAGGAUUGGUAAAUUUACAGCCACCAAUAAAAGUGGAUGCACCAGGUGACAUGAUAUCAGGUAACAAAAUUGCCCUUCUAUCGGGGGACUAUCUACUCAGCAACAGUUGUGUGGAAUUAGCUAAUUUGAAAAAUCAAGAACUUGUGGAAUUAAUGAGUUCAGCCGUUAGAGAUUUGGCUGAAGCUGAAUUUGUGGAGCCCAGAGAUGUUCAAAAUGCUCCUUUACCAGCAAAACCUAAAGCUGAAGCAAGAGGAUACAAUCAAUUUGUUGAUAGUAAUAUGGAACCGUUGGUUGUUAGCGAAGCAUUAGGUAAUGCUAGAGCUGAAUGGACUUUGAGGCACGUCCUAAAUGCAGGUAGUUUGUUGGGUAAAUCAUGCCAAGGAACUUUAAAGUUAGCAGGUCACUCUUACGAACUGCAACAGAAGGGAUAUUUGUUUGGGAAACAUUUAGCCCUCGCUUGGCAGGCUUGCUUGGACAGAGAACCAUUUACCCCAGGAACUGUAGGAUCUUUUAGCCUAAUUAGUGCUCCAGUUUUGUUUACCCUACAGCAUAAUCCAGAAGUGUACACUUUAAUAGAAAAAGGACUCGACGAAAUCGAAAAAGUCGAUUUCGAAGCAGUAAGAAAAGCAGUAUUGGACGGACCAGGCUUAGAAAUGACCAAAAAUUUGCAAAAGGAUCAUUCAAAAGCGGCUUUGGACGUUCUAAACGAACUUCGCGAUUGUGAUGCCAGAACGGCUUUAAGAAAUAUCAUUGUAGCAGUGCAAGAUUAAAUCGUUUCCUACGUUUUUUUUUUUAAAUGUUAGGUUCCUAUUCAAUUAAUCACUAAAUUAUAAAUAUUUAUAUAAAUAUAGCGAUUUUUUUGCAACUCUGCAGGUCGCUUCUCGCAAUUGUAUAGAAGUCUUAAAACCUUGUUUCUAGUCCGAUGUAUACAGGGGGUUAUGGAAAUAUACGUACAUAUUAAAAUGUGCAAAACAUAGGCUUAUAUUAUCCUA